CUGAUCCGCGAGAAGUACUACCCAACCUACUACAGAGCAGAGAUGGAGCGUCAGUUUCUGUCGCUCAAGCAGGGUACUCGAUCUGUAGACGAGUACGAAAGAGAAUUUACCAGACUUGCAGCUUUUGUUCCGGACCUGGUUCGUAUGGAGGCACAGAGGGCACAAUGCUUCAUUGACGAGCUUUACCCAACAGUCCGUCACAACAUUGUAGGUCACGGGACCCAGACGUAUGCACGUGCUGUUUCGAUUGCCCAGGAGGUGGAUGCCAGCAUUCGAAUGGAGGCGAACCAUGAUCGAUUGCAGCCAGUUGCCCCUGCCCAGUCUUCUACAGCUCCACCGAUGCCACCAGCCACUGCCCAGCCACCGAAGAACAACAAGAGGAAGGGGAAAGGCGCCUCGAUGGACAAGUGGACCCGGCGGAGGCUACAACAGGUUCCACAGUGCCUGACUUGCGGACGACUUCACCGCGGCGAGUGUCGAUUGGGUCAGGAUAUAUGCUAUUACUGUCACGAGCCCGGACACUUUGCUAACCGUUGUUCGAAGAAGGCCCAGCAGCAGCCCCAGCAGCUUCAUCAGCCACAGCAGCAGCAGCCCCGUACUAUGUCAGGGAUGAUCAUGCCUAAUAAUGUUACUGUGUUCGCUUUAUUCGAUACUGGAGCGACGCACUCCUUUAUUUCACGACGAUGCCUUGAUGCCAUCGGAGUUCAUGCCAUUACCGCUGUCGAUCCUCUCGAGGUGAGUCUUGCUUCGGGACGAAAGAUAGUGACCUCAGCUAGAGCUUCAGAUCUCAGCCUUUCCAUUGGUGGUCGUUCAUUGUCUGCCGACGCGUAUGUUCUUGAGAUGAGGGACUUUGACCUCAUUCUCGGGAUGGAUUGGCUAGCCUUUUAUCAUGCAAAUAUCCGAUGUCAUGACCGAGAGAUUACCCUCUAUCUUCCAGGAGACGAUUCGAUUACCUUCUUUGGCAGCAAGAAUC